AUGGCGGAGCCGCCUCCAUCACCACGAGACGACGCUACCCCCUUCUUGCUUAGGGUGUACGUGAAGCCAGCGCCGUUCCGACCUUUGGACCAUUUUCAUCCCGAUGUACGCCCUAUUCGAGAUGAGUUCCAGCUAUACGUUUGGAAUACCAAUACACUGAGAGAAGUUGCGCAGAUGUUAUACGACGCCGAUCCAACCAUCUCUUCGCCCCUCGCACUGCAUGCCUUCAGACACGUUUACUGGAACGAUCGUCUUCGUGAAUUCGAUUCAAAGCGCAUAGGUGUUGGCGUCACCCGUGUUCCUUUGAGCAGCAUCGUGGCGCUCCUUUCCGACCUCGACACUGCGGAUCCAACCGACAUGCACGUCGAUGACGCUGAUCAGCAGCACAAUCAACAACCCAACCGCAAUUGCACGUCAAACAUGCUCGGUUGGCAUCUCCUGAACGACGAGGUCGACGAGCAUGCAGCCGCUAUGGUCAUCGCCGACAUUGGUCUGGCUGAUGGCGACUUGCUCGACUGCGUCAUCCAGCCAGAUCCCACUCUAACCAUGGCACCUAAGCUGUCAAGGACAAUAGACCGUGACAGGCCAGCUGACCGUUAUAGUAACUCACGGCGCUGA